AAAUAGAUGAUCGCUGUGUCUAAACUCAUCAGAACUCUAUACCCAUUUCAGUUCUUGUCCUACAACAGCCCUAUACAACACACAUUUUCGUUCCUCUUCCCUCAAUCAUUAUCUCUUUUCAUAUCAAAAGUACACUUCGAGCCUCGUGCGAGCUGUUCAUCUGUCUCUACCGCUCUCAACACAUUCGACAAAUUGCCGCAAAGAAGUACAUCUUCUGAUACUAUCUUAUUUUUCCAUGCCUCCAAUUUUAUCAGUAGUUCAACUGAUAGAGCCGACCUGUUAAGUACUUUAACCAACCAUUGUUUAGCCCUGAAGAUAGGGGCUCUGGCAGAUGUGCGCACUUCCACGUCUCUACUUAUUACCUAUUCUAGAGCAGGUGACUUCGGCUCUUCCUGGGUUCUGUUCGAUGAAAUGUUAAACAAAGAUGUGAUAGCUUGGAAUGCAAUGUUCACUGCAUGCAAAGAUAAUCAGUGCUUCCAAGCUGCAGUAGAUAUUUUCAUGGAGAUGAUAAAGCAGGGAAGUGAAUUUAAUUCCACGACUCUGCUGAUCAUCAUAUCAACUUUGACCCAGAUGAAUGACAUGAAACUAGGUCCGGUUAUUCAGUGUUUAAGCUUGAAAGUUGGGAUGGAUUCAGACUUUUUUCUAAGUAAUGCUCUUAUAGAUAUGUAUGCAAAGUGUGGGGACUUGAGCUCUUCUGAGAUUGUGUUUGCAGCUAUGAAAUUUAAAGACACCACUUCCUGGAAUUCGGUGAUCCACGGAUGUCUCUGUAAUUGUCAUCAUAAAAAGUCACUGCAGUAUUUCAAAGAAAUGGGUUGUUCUGGAGAAAGGGCAGAUUAUGUGAGUUUCUCAUGUGCUAUUUCAGCAUGCUCUUCUUCUGGAGAGUUAGGUGCAGGUCUCGUCAUUCAUGGAUUGGGGAUCAAAUUGGGUUACGGGGAGACUUCCAAUAUUUCUGUUGCAAAUUCUCUUAUCUCAUUCUAUUCACAUUGUGGAGAUCUUGAUGCUGCAGAGACAGUCUUCAGAGGAAUGAUCUAUAAAGAUGUCAUUUCGUGGAAUUCAAUGCUUGACGGGUUUGCAGAGAAUGGAAUGAUUCUGGAAGCUUUUGAUCUUCUGCAUGAAAUGCAAUUGAUAGGAGCCGUGCAACCUGAUUUGGUGACACUAGUUGCUGCUAUUUCACUUUGUGCUGAGCUAAACCUGGUGCAGGAAGGUAGAGCUAUCCAUGCAUUCAUGAUUCGAAGAGAAAUGGAGUUUGAUUGCCUGCUGACAAACAACCUGAUGGACAUGUACUCAAAAUGCAACAAUGUAAAGUCGGCGAAGAUCUUAUUCGAGAUCAUCCCACAAAGAGAUUUGGUCUCGUGGAAUUCCUUGAUUGCUGGGUAUUCUAAGAAUGGGUGCAUGAGAGAAGCUCAGUAUUUGUUCAAGGAACUACUCUGUCAAGGUCUUCAAUGCAGCUUGGUGACUUUGUUGGCCGUUCUCUCCUCCUGUGAUUCUCCUGAUGCUCUCCAGUUUGGGAAGUUGAUUCACUGUUGGCAACUGAAAUUGGGAUUCACAGACAAUAUUUUUACCACUAAUGCCUUAAUGUUUAUGUACAUUAAAUGUGGAAACUUGGCAGCUUCUUUCUCAUUGUUGCAGAGUAUUUCUGUGCUAGCAGACGUGGCUUCUUGGAACACUUUUAUUGUUGGCUGCACACAAAAUGGUAAUUUCUGGAAAUCCCUACAAGUUUUCAGCCUAAUGCGGAAAGAAACCCAUAUAAGUCCUGACUCAAUCACUCUUGUUAGUAUUCUAUCAGCAUGUGGGAAUCUUAAUUUGUUAUUUUUAGGUAGGCUUCUACAUGGUCUCACCGUUAAAACUCCAAUGGGUUCACAAGUUAGAGUGAUGAAUGCAAUGUUAUCCAUGUAUAGUAGAUGCAGGGACAUUGAAAGUGCCAGCUUAGUUUUCAGUUCUUGUCCCUACCUUAAUCAAUGUUCUUGGGAUUGUAUGAUCUCCGGCUUUUCUCAGAAUAAAAAUGGUGGAAAAGCACUAGAAUUAUUAAGGUAUUUUGAAUUUGAACCAACCGAAAUUACUAUCAUCAGUGUUCUCUCUGCUUGUAGUCAACUUGGAACUCUAAGACAUGGGAGGCAAAUCCAUGGACUUGCAGUCCGUUUUAGAUACCACUGGAAUUCUUUUGUAAGUGCAGCCCUUGUGGAUAUGUAUAGCAAAUGUGGAAGGUUGGAUAUUUCCAUUCAAAUAUUCCAAGAUUCGCCAAAAAAAUCUGUUGCCUCCUGGAACUCGUUGAUUGCUGCAUAUGGCUUCCACAGUAAGGGUAGGAAAGCGAUCAAACUUUUCCAUGAGAUGCACAAGUCAGGGACUAAAGCAACCAAGAGCACAUUCGUGGGUUUAUUAUCAGCCUGCAGCCACUCUGGGCUCAUUGAUGAAGGUUACUGGUACUACAGCCAUAUGUUGGAUAAAUUUGGGGUGGAGCCUGCUACUGAGCAUCAUGUUUGUAUGGUUGAUAUGCUUGGUCGAGCUGGGAGGCUUGAUGAGGCAUAUGAGUUCAUCAAACAAAUGCCAACAGUUCCUGCUUCAGGUGUCUGGGGUGCUCUGCUAAGUUCAUGCAACUAUCACGGAGAUCUCGAAAUGGGGAAACAAGUAGCAGAACAUCUCUUCAUCGUGGAACCUGAAAAUGCUGGGUACUAUGUUUCACUAUCCAAUAUGUACAUGGCUGCUGGAAGAUGGAAUGAUGCAGUGGAGGUCCGAAGAAUGAUUCAAGAUAAAGGAUUAAAGAAGCCAUCAGGCUGCAGUCUAAUUGAUGUAUGUUAAGGUGAGAGCUAUUAACAUGCAUAGUCCAAGAAGCCUAGGGUUUCUUGAUAAGAGCAUCUAACCAAGAAGAAGAUUAUUCAA